AUGGCGGACGAAGAAGAAACAGACUUCGACCCGAGUCUGCUCGGCAAGAAGAAAUCAAAGAAAAAAGUCACCCUGGACCUCGGUUCGGACGACGAUGGCGUCGAUGGCGUCACGAAAGGUAUCUCUGACGUAACCGUCGACGAUGGCGACGACCUGGGCGAGGUGUUCGGGAAGAAGAAGAAGAAAAAGUCCAAGGAGAAGGAGGCGAGCGGCGACGCGGACGAGGAGGACCUGGAUGCCGAGUUCGGGAAGAAGAAAAAGAAGAGUGGAAAGAAGAAGAAGACGCUGGAGCUCGAUGAGGGCGAUGACAAUGUGGAAGAGAUCGCGGAGGGACGGGACGGAACGCACACCGGGAGCGGGACGUCGUGGGACGGGACGACGCGGGACUAUCACUAUGAUGAACUCUUGGGACGCGUCUUCGGGAUCCUGCGAGAGAAGAACCCAGCGCUGAGCGAAAAGGCGAAGACGAUCGUGAAACCACCGCAGGUGCUGAGAGAAGGCACGAAGAAGACGGUGUUCGCGAACUUGAUGGAGAUUUGCAACGCGAUGCAUCGACCGCAUGAACACGUCGUGCAAUACCUGUUGGCCGAGUUGGGUACCACCGGGACGCUCGACGGACAGCAGCGCCUGGUGCUCAAGGGACGAUUCUUGCCAAAGGUUUUCGAGGGCGUGUUAAGGCACUAUUUCAUCGAUUACGUCAUUUGCAACAUGUGCAAGUCGUCGAAUACGGAGUUGGUGAAGGAGCAGUCGUCGCGUUUGUCGUACUGUCGAUGCCAAGCCUGCGGUGCGUCUCGCUCCGUCGGCGCCAUCAACAAGGGUUUCUCCGCCGUCGGGAAGGGCGAGAGACGACGCGCGAGAAUGGCGACGGGAUAA